AUGCAGCGUUUUUUAGCAGAAGAUAAUAAAAAUAAUUUUCAUAAGAAAUCAAAGAAAUUAAAAAAUCAUGUUGAAAAAUCAAUUGAUCAAACAUUAGAUUAUUCUUCGAAUUAUUUCGAAGAAACAUCAAUGAAUCCAUUGAAUGAUCAAUCAUCAACUUAUAAUAUUCUUGACCAAUCAAUGAAUGACGGAGAUCCAUUAUCUAACUCUGAUAAUGAAACUCAUUCACAUUUAUUACCAAACGAUAAUCAAAUAUCAAAUACUGAUCAUCAAUCCAAGGCACAACGUCAACUUGAUGAAGAAGAUAUUCCGCCAGCUGAUAUGAAACUUAAUGAAAUACCAGUUCAGAAUGAUAAUAAUAAUAAAAACAAUGAUGAUGAUAGGUUAACUAUCGGUUUACAAUCAAAUUCAGCUGAUAAUUUCAGUUCUACAAAACAUGAAGCAUCGUUUGAAAAUCAUUCUAUUCAAGAUGAAUCAACAAUUGAUCAAACAGAAACUUCUUCGACAGAAUCAAAAUCGAGUUCUGAUGAGAAUAAUUCUUCAAUUGAAUACGAAAAAUGA